GUUUGCCCUCGAGGAUGGUAGCUGGCGGGGUUGGGAGACCCAGCCCCCCCGAAAUCGGACGCUUACAGCCUGGGAACUGGAUGCCCCGCUCUUCUCAGCCUCUCUGGCCAAUGGCAUUCCAGAACCUAGCUGGUUAUCCCAGAAAGACACGGAGGGGCGGGAGAGUUUUUUCAUUAAGGUGAAGAAAACUAUAAAGGAUAUGUCAGAGAAUCAACUAGAACUAGAUCCAGAUCUUACUACAGACAUGGAAGUUGGUAUAGAUCCCGAGGAAGAACUUAUUAAGCAAUGUGAAGAAAUGUGGAAAGACAUGGAAGAAUGUCAGAAUAAAUUAUUACUCACUGGAACUGAGACACUCACUAGCUCAAAUGCUCAGCUCUCAUUACUUAUUAUGCAAGUGAAAUGUUUGACUGCUGAACUUGAACAUUGGAACAAAAGAACACCUGAAAUAACUCCCCUGACUGAAGAUGUUUUGAUAACAUUAGGAAAAGAAGAGUUCCAAAAUUUAAGAUAUAAUCUUGAAAUGGUAGUGUCGACUAUUCAAUCGAAGAAUGAAAAGUUAAAAGAAGACUUAGAAAGGGAGCAGCAGUGGUUGGAUGAGCAGCAACAAAUUCUGGAAUCUCUUAAUGUGUUACACAGUGAUUUGAAAAACCAGGUUGUGACAUUUUCUGAAUCAAGAAUCUUUAAUGAACUAAAAGCUAAGAUGCUUAGUAUAAAAGAAUUUAAGGAGAAGCUUCUGCUUGCCUUGGGUGAGUUUUUAGAAGAUCAUUUUCCUCUGCCUGAUGGAAAUAUUAAAAAGAAAAAGACCACCACUCAGGAACCAAAAGCACAACUGAUAACACUAAAUGAAAUGAUAGAGGUGCUUAUAAAUAGAAUGUUUGAUGUUCCACAUGAUCCAUAUGUUAAAAUUAGUGAUUCCUUUUGGCCACCAUAUAUUGAGCUGCUUCUGCGUUAUGGAAUUGCUUUGAGACAUCCAGAAGAUCCAACACGAAUAAGAUUAGAAGCCUUUCAUCAGUAAAAUGAUGGUCUUGUCAUCCACGGACAGAGAAAACAGGGCUAUUUAAAUAAAGGAUAUUAUUUGCAAAUCCAA